AUGGGAGAUUACAGUUUGGCUCGAGCACGAUCAGCUGCUGUUAUUACACGCACAAGAUCUGUACCUGAUUUAACCUCGUAUAUCCGAGCAAGCAGCAAAUAUAAACCACAGUGGCCAUAUCGUUACUAUAGAGACUGGGAUCUGUACGAUGACUAUUGGUACGACCGUUACUAUUACUUCAGUCCACUGUACAAAAGCACAUUGUACCCAAGACGAUAUUACUACAGCGACUACCUCCCAAAUCCCUACUACUGGAGCUCACCGUACACCAACUAUUGGGUCAGAUACAAAGGAUAUUGGUAUGAUUACGACUAUCCAUCCUACUAUCGCCGUUACUAUGACCCCACUUAUGGCAUGUACCUGAAAUCCAUCUACACUCCGUAUCGUUCAUAUCUGAUUGACAGUUUGAGUAACUCGUUUUCAAACGCUCUGUCUAUGUAUCGCCAAGGACUUAUACCUUAUUCAUCAUUAGACCGCUACUGGUUGACGCCGUCAUACUGGGAUCGUCGAUUUAAGGAUUGGCGUGAUCUGUACUCGUGGGAUCGCGACCGAUAUUACAUCCCGUCAUAUUACGAUAGAAGGCUAAGAAGCUACUAUACGCAUUGGUCCUAA